AUGCCUCAUUAUCCUGAAGAAAUCGAAUAUUCCGAUAAGUACUUAGAUGACUACUAUGAAUACAGACAUGUCAUUCUACCUAAACAUAUUUUCAAAAAAAUCACAAAAGGGAAAUUAUUAAAUGAAAUGGAAUGGAGAGCCUUGGGAGUAUAGUAAUCGAGAGGAUGGUCUCACUAUGAAACUCACAGACCAGAACCUCACAUUCUUCUCUUUAGAAGACCAAAAAAUACAGAUCCAAACACUGGAUUACCACCUCCAGGAUUUAGUGCUCCUUAUUGAAUAUAAAUUAGUUAAAUCAUCAGAUACAUGUAUAUACUUAAA